UCGACAUUGAUUACUUUAUUUUAUUGUAUUGAUUGUAAUAGAAAAAUUAAAUAAAAUUAUUUUCCCCUUGAAAAUUGUAAUUUAAUCAGAACAAAUUGUUGUUUUCUUUUGAAUUGUAGCCUUAUUGAAUUUUAAAAAAUCCAAGUUUUUUUAUAUAAUAGGUAAUACAUGACAAAAAUCAGUCUCAAUUAUCAGACAAGUACUAACGCUACAUAAUAUAUCAGGUAUGAUAAGGUUAUGUUAUUGUACUGCAUUUCUCUUUUAAAGUAAUAAAUAAAAGCAUUAAUAAUUAACUAUACAAAAACAAACAUCAGAACUUAAAACAUGACAUCAAAACUGGACUUAUUACAAACACUAAGUGGUCAUAAAGGUAUAGCUUGGAAUGUAUCAUGGCAUCCAAUGGGUAAAAUAUUUGCAUCCUGUGGCGAAGACAAAAUAAUAAAACUGUUCAGUAAGGAAGGACAAGCAUGGUCUGUUAAAACAAUGCUUGUAGAUGGUCAUCAAAGAACAAUAAGAGAAGUUGCUUGGUCACCAUGUGGUAACUUUCUAGCAUCAGCUAGUUUUGAUGGUACCACAGCUAUUUGGGAUAAGAAAAAUGGUCAGUUUGAGUGCAAUGCAACACUAGAAGGCCAUGAAAAUGAGGUGAAAAGUGUUGCUUGGUCUCCGUCUGGCCAGUUAUUGGCAACUUGUGGUAGAGACAAGUCAGUGUGGAUUUGGGAGGUGGCUGGUGAUGAUGAAUAUGUGUGUGAAGCUGUACUCAAUGCGCAUAACCAGGAUGUGAAAAAAGUGGCCUGGCACCCCUCUGCGGAAAUACUUGCAUCUGCAUCUUAUGACAAUACGGUGAAAGUUUAUAAAGAGGAUCAAGUUGAAAGUGAUUGGAGUUGUGUUGCAACAUUGGAGUCACAUGAAUCCACAGUGUGGAGCUUAGCAUUUGAUAAGACAGGCGAGAGACUAGCUACUUGCAGUGCAGAUAAUACUGUUAAGAUAUGGAAAGAAUAUAAACCAAAUAAUGAUGUGGGAGUUAUGGUUCCCGAGGGUGACUCUGUCUGGAAGUGUAUAUGUACAUUAUCUGGCUAUCACUCUAGAUGUGUCUAUGAUGUAGCUUGGUGUCAUUCGACUGGACUCAUAGCAACAGCUUCAGGGGAUGACAUUAUUAGAAUCUUUAAAGAAACUGAUGAUUCUAACCCUGAUGCUCCCACGUUUGACUUAGUGUGCAAAAAAUAUAAUGCACACUCGCAAGAUGUUAAUUGUGUUAAAUGGAAUCCAACAGGCAAUAAUGAAUUGAUAUCUUGUAGUGACGAUGGUGAAAUUAAAAUUUGGAAGUUUUCAGAGGAAUAGUCUUAAGUAAUAAAUUAUUAUCAUUAAUUCCAAGUUCACACUUUCCCAAUUUUAAAAAGUGUUUUUGUAUUUUGUAAUCUUAAUGGUUUUAUAGUUUUAGUACUUAAUAUUUUCGUUAUGUAUCUUAAUAUUAUAAUACAAUAUUGAAUAUAUUAUCUGAAAAUAUUAAUAUUAA